GCUAGCUAUAUAUUGUGUGAUAUGAUUGAUUAGCCAGCGCCAUCUGACGCGGGAAAGAAAGAAACGGAACUGGGUGAAAAAAUAUAGCCGAAGCGAGAAUUUGAAAACACUCUCUCUCUCUCUCUUUCUCUCUCUCUCUCUCUCUCUAAGGUCACCCAAACCAAACAAUCUUUCUCUAGUCUCUACUGCAUCACAUACAAUCCAUGGCCGAUGCUUGUCUGCUGCCUCCUUCUGUGGAGCAACUCAUACAAAAGAUAUGUAUUGAGCAGAAGCAACCACCGCUAGGACUACAGGCGCGGCUGGAGCUCGCUUCAUUGGGGGAAGAAGCGGCUCUCGAUAUUCUACAUGCAAUCGCUGUCACAGGGGUUAAAAAAAGUUUUGACGGUUUUGUAAUAUAUUUGGCUAAACAAAAGGCUGCCGAUGGUUCCCCUAUUAAACGCUUUUGUUUGUCUCAGACAUCGACCCAACAGCCGAGUUGCAGCUCCACAUCUACGCGGAUGAUGAUGCACCAGCAAUGUGAAUCUAUUAUUCAGUCUUCAAUGUCCCUGGCUACCAGCUCCAGUUCAGAGACAGCUAGCAGACUGGGAAUUAGAAUUAGUCCACAGUUGCAGGCCUUGGGUGAGCUCGAAUUCAGAAAGGCAUUUCUUAUAUUGAGUUACAUAGGCGGCUAUAAGCUGGAGGAAGUGCUAUUUGCGGAUGAGAUUCGACGGAUGGAACAUUUGCCAAUGGCUAAAUUUGAGGCUGAAAUUUGGAAAGCUGUGGGCAGUAGAUGUGGCUAUAUCAGGGAGCAUGAACGUGUGAAGGUGUUAAUUUUACUUUAUCUUGUCUGGGAUUGUGGCUGGACACACAUUUACCAUUGCCAUGUUAGUUCUGAUGGAACUUAUAGGUUCAAGGGCCCCUAUUUAACUAUGAUGAGCAAUUUCCUUCAAAGGACGUUAGGGGAUGAUAAUGUUCUGAUGGUCAAGUUUGCAGAAGAGGAUGCUGACAAGAGUUGUUCAACAAGUAGUUCAAUCGAUUAUUUUGCCAAGUAUGGCAGGUUAGCUAGAGAAGGGAUUCUUGUUGGUUUACGUCGGUACCGCUUUUUUGUGUUUAAAGAUGGAGGGAAAGAAGAAAAGAAGAAAAACCCAACCACUUCACCGGUUAAGUGCUUCUUUGUUCGCACACAGUCUGAUGCUUCUAGGGACCAUCCAAAUCACAUUUUGGAUGGGAAAACAAUCAGACAAGCUAGAUCUACAUUUAUGAAUGUAGAUAAAUUGCCUAGUUUGUCCAACUAUAUGGCUAGAUUCUCUCUCAUUUUGUCGAAGACUGUGAACUUUGAAGUUGACUUAUCAGCUGUGAAGAUUGAAAAAAUAAAUGAUAUACCAUGCCGGGAUAAUGAUGGUAAUGUUGUCAAAGGUAACGAUGGGAAAUAUUUAAUACAUACAGAUGGAACUGGUUUUAUAUCAGAGGAUUUGGCUUUAAAAUGCCCGAAGAAAGUGCACAAGGGGAAGUGCAUCAAUGGUAAUGAAAUGGAGAGAUUACUUGAUUGUAAUGGGCUCAUUGGGAAAUCUUCAGAAAUCAAAUUUUCAGAAUCUAAUUUUGGGGAACCGCCUUUGCUGAUUCAGUUCCGCCUUUUCCACAAUGGUGGUGCUGUCAAAGGAACUCUCCUUGUCAAUAAGAAGCUCUGCCCUGGAACCAUUCAAGUUCGGCCCUCAAUGAUCAAAGUUGAGGCAGAUUCAAUGCAAAAUGCUUGCACAAAAAGUUCAUUUGAGAUAGUUGGAACAAGCAAUCGGCCAAAGAGAGCAUAUCUCUCAAGGAACCUAAUUGCACUUCUUAGCUAUGGUGGGGUUCCACAAGAGUUUUUUAUGGAUUUAUUGAAUAAUGCUUUGGAAGAUGCAAAAGGUGCCCUGUCCAAAAAGCAUGCAGCUCUGCAAGUGGCCAUUAUCAAUGGUGAGAUGGAUGAUUAUAUGGUGGCAAGAAUGCUAUUUUCCGGAAUUCCCUUGGAAGAAUCAUAUAUUCAGUACCAUCAGCUUAUAUUAAUGAGGGAGGAGAAGAAGUGUCUUAAAGGGGGACGCAUUCCCAUCCCUGAAUCAUAUUAUUUGAUGGGGACUACUGAUCCCACUGGAACCCUCGAGGGUGAUGAAGUUUGCGUAAUCUUGGAAAAUGGACAGGUUUCAGGGAAAGUAAUGGUGUAUCGCAAUCCUGGUUUACAUUUUGGAGAUAUACAUAUUCUGAAGGCGACAUAUGUGGAGGGUUUAAAUGAUUUUGUAGGAAAUGCAAAGUAUGCUAUAUUCUUCCCUUGUAAAGGACCACGGUCAUUGGCAGAUGAGAUGGCAGGAGGUGACUACGAUGGUGAUUUGUAUUUUGUGUCAAGAAAUCCUGAGCUGGUAGACAAAUUCAAUCAGAGUGAACCAUGGUGUCCUCCUUUUUCUAACAAUAAUGUGCCCAAUAAGAAACCUGGUGAUUUUUCUGAUGAGGAAUUAGAGGAUGAGUUGUUCAGACUGUUUCUGAUGACUAGGUUUCAACCAAGUUACACUGUUGGUGUGGCAGCUGAUAGUUGGUUGGCAAUGAUGGAUAGGCUUCUGAUAUUGGGAGAUGACAGACAUGAUGAAAAAAUUAAUAUGAAGAAGAAUAUGUCUGAGUUAAUUGAUAAAUACUAUGAUGCUCUUGAUGCACCAAAGAAAGGGGGGAAAAAGAUUGAACUUCCAGAUCAAUUGAAGGCUGAAUUAUUCCCACAUCAUUUGGAAAGGAAAGAAGAGAUUUCUUACAAGUCUACUUCUAUCCUGGGAUUAAUAUACGACAAAGUGAAAUUAUACAUGGAAGAAGAUACACCAAAAAAUGAAGUUUGGAAACUCCACUGUUUCAAUGACGAAGUCUCUGAGUCAUGCCUGAUGAAAUGGAAGGAACUCUAUGAUCAAUAUAGGCGAGACAUGACAGAUGCUCUAAAGUCAAAUACAGAGACCAAAAAUGAGGCUGCAAAUGAAGUGAUUAAAAGAUAUAAAGAGAUAUUAUACGAGGCAACAGAAUUUGAGGAGAGCAAGAGGAGAGAAGAGGAUAUAUUCGAAGAAGCUCUUGCCAUCUAUAACAUCUCUUAUGACUAUGCCAAAGCCCGAGGAGAUGCGAAAUAUUGUGGGUUUGCUUGGAAAGUAGCAGGACAGGCCCUGUGUAAACUUUACUCAUUGAAACAGAGUAACGGCGAAAAAGCGAUGAAGAUAUACACGACGCAGUCUACAUUAAAAGAGUUAUUUAACAAAUGAAAGGUAGUACUGUAUAUUUUUGUAUAGUUUAUGAAUUGUAUUAUAAUGUUGCGUAUAUAUUAAUAAUCUCAGUGGAGUAAAGCACAUGGCUGCAAACUCAUCUCAGGGAGAGAGUGCAUGUUUCUAGUACUAUUAGAAUUAAGCAUAUGGGCGUCUUAGUGGACAAGGGCCCUCGUAGAUGGAAUAAUUGAGCAAAAGUGCUCGAUGUUUGCUGGCAAUUUUUGACUUGUUACCAAGCACGGUCGGUGGAUCACUAAACUAGAGAAUAGCAAGUGGCCAAUUUGCAGUAUAAUUUUGAAA